ACAGCAGCUUGUCAGACACUUCCGUAGCCUGUUAGCCAAUAUAGCCGAAACGUAUGAGCUCGUAAGACUGUUUCGGUGUAUAUUGGUCCCUGUGUUUAAAACAUACUUAUUUCGUAUAGCUAGUUUCCCCAUUUAAUUAAAUAUAUACGUUGUUAAGAUAGUAGCUAGCUGGAUUGCUGAAUUAGCUUAGAACCAGGCUAGUCGUUAAUGCUAACUAGCUAACAUCUCCGACCAUGAGCUCACUAAGCUACUCUCCUCCUGAUAAAGAAGAGGAGGUCUACUGGACGGAGAAAGAAGCUCUGGGGCUGAACAUUGUCGUGAAAGAGGAGAAGGAAGAAGCUUUCAGAAUGAAAGAGGAGGUAGAAGAGGCUAACAGUAUCACAUUAAAAGAAGAGGAUGAUGUUACAGUGAAAGAAGAGAGAGAACAUAUUAGAGUGAAAGAUGAAGAGGGGAUAGAGGCUGUCACAGUGGAAGAAGAGGUAGAAGCUUUCAGAAUGAAAAAGGAGGAAGAGGAGGAGGAUGUUAUAAUGAAAGAAGAGAAAGAACCUGAGGAAGAGGAGGCUGAAGAUCUGAUUAACACCAGAGAGAGACCAGUCUGUCACUCUGACAGCAGUAAGAGUCCUUCAGGGGAACCAGACCCAGAGACGCCCAAACCAGCAAGACCACACCACUGCUCCCACUGUGGAAAGAGUUUUACCCGGUUCUGGAACCUAAAACAGCAUGAGACGAUGCACACAGGAGAGAAGCCUUUUCAAUGUUCCCAGUGUGGAAAGAGUUUUACCUGGUUAAGGGCCCUGAAUAGGCAUGAAGAAAUACAUACAGCAGGGAGGAAGACCUACCAAUGCUCCCAGUGUGGAAAGAGUUUUACUCAGUUAGGAAGCCUGAAAAUACAUGAGAGAAUUCAUACAGGAGAGAAGCCUUACCCCUGCUCUCUGUGUGGCAAGAAUUUCACCAUGUUAGGAGAGAGACCAGACUCUCACUCUGACAGCGGGAAGAGUCCUUCAGGGGAACCAGACCCAGAGAAGAGUCCUUCAGGGGAACCAGACCCAAAGAAGAGUCCUUCAGGGGACCCAGACCCAAAGAAGAGUCCUUCAGGGGACCCAGACCCAAAGAAGAGUCCUUCAGGGGAACCAGACCCAGAGAAGAGUCCUUCAGGGGAACCAGACCCAGAGAAGAGUCCUUCAGGGGAACCAGACCCAAAGAAGAGUCCUUCAGGGGACCCAGACCCAAAGAAGAGUCCUUCAGGGGAACCAGACCCAGAGAAGAGUCCUUCAGGGGAACCAGACCCAGAGACAUCCAAACCAGCAGGACGACACCACUGUUCCCUCUGUGGAAAGAGUUUUACUAAGCUACAGAACCUAAGAGUGCAUGAGAGGACACACAGAGGAGAAAAGCCUUUCCACUGCUCCCAGUGUGGAAAGAGGUUUACCCGUUUAGAGAACCUGAAACAGCAUGAUAGAAUACACAGAGGGGAGAAGCCUUACCAUUAUCUGUGCCUCGGACACAAUCCCUUUGACCUCAUGGCUUGUGUUUUGCACCGUCGACUGUAA